CGGUCUCGUCAAAACGUUCAGCGGUUUCCGAGAUAAAGCUUUGAAAUCAUCGACCGAUUAUAGUUUUGCUAAUAAUCAAAUAAGUGUGAAGGACUUCUUACGAACCGUUACACUAGGUAUAUAUUGUGUACGUAACAAUACGAAUAUCUAAUUUACUUAAAACUACACUGUUUUUUUUUUAUUUUAUUUUUAUAUUGCUCGUGACGGUGUUCACAUCGGAGAAAUGUUUUGGCAAUUUGUUAUUUUUACAAUCUUAUUCAAAUCUUGCUAUGGAUCAAAUGGAUGUACACCCUUCUCAGCAAAAAACUUGGGCUCAGUUAACAGCACACUGUUAAGCUCUUUACUAGAACCAAUCAAAGACCACCUUCCUGUAUUCAACUCGUCUACGGUGCCAAAUCUCGACGCCUUUAUUGAAGAUUUCAACGCCGGAUCUAAUAAUGAAGACAUACAUCUCAACAUAACGCAGAUUUUAUCAAAAUACGGAUAUGGUCCCGAGCAACAUCAAGUGAACAGCGGCGGAUAUCUCCUGGAUAUCUUCCGAAUACCAGGCAAUGGCUCGGUGGUAUUACUUAAUCAUGGACUGUUUAGCAGCUCCGAUGACUUAAUUUCUACUGGGCCUGAUCUCGGAUUACCUUACCUUCUGGCAGACCUCGGUUACGACGUUUGGUUGGGAAACUCCCGAGGAAACUUGCACGGCAGGAAGCAUGAGUCGCUCUCUCCAGACUGCGCCGAGUUCUGGCAAUUCACCUGGGAUGACAUCGGCCGGUACGAUGUACCUGCUAUCAUCGACUACAUCUUGAACGUAACCAACAAAAAACAACUCGCUUUUAUAGGACAUUCUCAAGGUACAACUACCUAUUUCGUCAUGGCGUCAGAGCUUCCCGAGUACAACGACAAAAUAUCGGUAAUGAUAGCGUUGUCAUCAGUAACGUAUCUAAGUCAUACACAAAACCCUUUGAUCAAAAUAUUAGCUACAAUUUCUGAUCCUGGAAAUGUUCUGACUCAAGCUAUAGGUCUGUACGAAUUGGUCCCUCGCAACGAACUAACAAAUGCCAUCACGACAACUGCAUGUGGGACGCCGGAGUUGGCAACUAUAUUUUGCGAAAAUCUCAUGUUCUUCGCGCUCGGAGCGGAUUAUUCCCAAAUAAAUGCGACACUUCUGCCCGCAUUCUUCGCACACUACCCGGGCGGAGGUGCUACGAAACAAUUGGUUCACUACGGGCAACUGAUUAAUUCCGGAAAGUUUCGGCAGUUCGAUCAUGGUGUUGUUGGAAAUGUUGAGAAAUAUGGUAAGAUUUCUCCACCUGAUUAUCCUCUGGAGAAGGUAAGAAGUAAAGUGAUGAUUUUCACUGCUGAUAACGACAACUUCUUUUCUGCGCCUGCUGAUCGCGCCAAACUUAUAGCUCGCCUGCCCAAUGUAGUGGAAGUGUACAAUGUGCCUUAUCCUCAGUUCACUCACAUGGACUUCAUACUCGCAAAAGACCUCAGGAAGCUUGCUUACCCCAAAGUUUUGGAAGUAUUAAAGAAAUAUGCGUAGGUUUAUUUAAUAAUACCUAGUUGUAAAUAAAAGAAAUAAAGGAUAUGCUUGGAA